AUUGAACAAGUUACUAACAGUGACAUGAUUAUAACAGAAUUAAUGAUUAAGGAAAAGGCAGUUGAUUUUGUAAAAGCCUUGAAUUUAGGAAAUAAUGCUUUGACAUUUUUAAAUAGAUGGAUUCAUAAAUUUAAAUGA